AUGAAGGUUCUUGCAAACAAUUGUGUGUCAAAAGUUAAGAUUCCAGAAGGAGUGAAUAGUGGAAAUGGUGUCUCCUACAACCCAGUUUUGGGUUUAUUUGUGACAGUGGAUUUCUAUGAAGGAAUCUCCGUUUGGAAUCAUGUCAGUGGAGAAGUGAUGGCCGAAUGUGACCUCCGGUCAGAUUUCAACGUGUCACUGCUUCCUGGCAAUCGUGUUGCGCUAAGCUACCAGUCGGGAUCAUAUUACGAGGGAUCAGUUGAGAUUUACUCUCUUGAGAAAGACACAUUUGAUUUUUGCGAACUUGAACUGAAAAUGCCCUCCUCGACCGAUCCUGGAGUGAUCGCUUUGACCCCGCAGAAAAGCCUUCUUGUGGCAAGUUGGGUGCAAUUGGAUCCUGUUUUGUAUGAAAUAUUUAUGGACUGGAACAAUCUCAAAGUCGUUAAAAUGAGGGAAAUUAUUGUUCCACUUCCUGAAGGAGAAGAUGAAGAAUAUAAUGAAAUUGGUCUGCUAUGUUGUUCUCCAGAUGGUAAGGUGAUAAGAGCUGAAUACGAAGUUGGACAAUAUGAAGCCCUUUCUUCGUUAAUUAAAAUAGCAAAAAUAAGUCUUGGCUGCAAAAAAGUAAGUCGUAGCUGCAAACGAAAUCAGCAAGGAAGCAAAGAUGAAGAUGAAGAUGAAGAUGAAGAGAAUAUAGAAUUAGAGCAAUUUAAAAUGCAAGAAGAAGCAACAAUUAGUUAUUAUAUGCUUGAUGGAGAAGGGAAUCAGAUCGAUAAUUUGAGAGGAUUUAUCCAUGAUGGGCAAAACCUGAUUAUUGCAGAGAGAGAGAAAAUUGUGUUGUUGGAGUCGUUAACAGAAGGCAGCAAUGCACAACUCAUUGUCUCAGGUUUAAAACCUGCUGAAGGAGAUUCACGAAAGGUAGUUGGAAUGAAUCUGAAUCAUAAAGGACAGUUAAUGGUGUGUGAUGAUAAAGAAUUUAUUAAGGUUUUUGAAUAUAGAUGCAGGCUAAGGUCCUUACAAGAUAUCUGUAGAUGUGUUAUUGUGGAUACAACUCACACUGGUUACAGUAAUAAAGUUAAAAGCUUGGCAAUUCCAUCCACAUUGAAAGAUUACUUGCUUUACAAGUGA